UAAAAGAAUUAUUUAUUUUAUUCAUAUGAGUACACUGUCGCUGUCUUCAGACACACCACAAGCAGGCAUCGGAUCCCAUUAAGAUGGUUGUGAGCCAUCAUGUAGUUGCUGGGAUUUGAACUCAGGACCUCAGGAAGAUCAAUCAGUGCUCCUAAGCUCUGAGCCAUCUCUCCAGCCCCUAACACCACAUUUUUUUUUUUUUUAAAAAACAAAACAAACAUAUAGGCUGAACGAACUCGGCUUCAUUUGAGGCAUGCUGGGACAGUCUAACAUAUGCAAGUCGAUAAAUGUAAUCCAAUACAGAAAGAUUCAGGGAGAGAAAUCGCAUGGUCGUUUCAAUACACACAGAAAAGGCCUUUGACAAAAACUUGAUACAAGUUUUUAUGAUACAAGGCCUGAGGAAAGUAGUGGUCAUAUCUCAACGCAACAGGGCUGUGCUAGUUUGUUUUCUGUUGUUUCUGUUGUAAGCACCAUGAGCAAAAAUGGCAUAGAGAGGAUAUUGGGCCUGUUUCAUCUAACUGGUCACUCUCCACUGGUUAGGAAGUCAGUUCAGGAUCCCAAGCAGGGCAGACACUGUGGAGGACAGCAGUUCACUGGCUCCCUUUCUUACACAACCCAGACCCACUAGCCUAGCUCACAGUGGGCUGAGCUCUCCCACAUCAAUAAGCAAUCAAGAAAACGCCCCCAGACAUGUCCACGGGUCAACUGAAUGUAGGUAAUUUUCAGUAGAGGUCACCCCUUCCUAGAUGUGUUAGGUUGAACAUUUUUUCUAAACGAGGAAUGAAACAAGGGGGUCUAUUCUUCACUGAUAUUCAAUAUGGUGCUUGAAAUCUUAGCUACAGCAGUUAGGCCAAGGAAAGGGAUUCAAACAGGAAAACCACUACAUGCUUAGGCCUAGAUACUAGAAGAACCAAGCACAGGAGGGCGUGGUCUGUGGCAAGAGCACCCCCGCAGAGGCGGGACUUCCGCCGACGCUGCCCUGAGGGACAGGCCCGCUCAGGUAGUUCAGAGGCGCCCACCCUCACUCCGCCCAGUAGCCAUAGAGUGGCUCCACAAGGGCGGCCCAGGAAACUAUACCUCCACAGCUCGCGCUCGGCCACCCGGACUACAACACCCAGCAAGCCCUGCGGCCCCGCGUCUGACUUGCGCAGUAGCCUCCGUUGUAAAAUGCUAUGACAACAGGGCGAAGGCGGCUUGGAUUUAGGCUGGAGUGGGGUGGUGUCUUCCGCAGGCUGUUGUCUUGCAGUCUCACCCCUCUUACAGUCUCCCUGGUGGUUUCAUCCUCUCUGCGAGCAUCCAGACCUGGAGUUUUUCUCUCUUGUCUUGUGGCUUCCGAGGGAUCCAUGUCGUUUCCCCUGCUUGUCUCUGAGGGAUGACAAGUGGGUGCAGAAGAUCUUGGAGGGACUUAUUUCAACUCCGUGGAGCUUGUGUUACUGCUUGGCAGGAGUCUGUCUGUCUGCGGACGUGGAAAACUUCGAACACAAGACCAAGAGACAUUAAAUUGUACAGCAUUAUUAGCGUGUACCAAAAGAAGGGUCCGAAACCUGGGCAGCGCAUGCGCAGAAGCAAGGUUGAAAGGAAAUGUCCUUAUUUAAAGCCCGUGACUGGUGGUCUACUGUGCUGGGAGAGAAAGAAGAGUUUGAUCAGGGCUGUUUGUGCUUGGCUGACGUGGACAACAGCAGGAAUGGACAGGAUAAAAUCAUUGUGGGCAGCUUCAUGGGCUACCUGAGAAUCUUCAAUCCCCAUCCUGUAAAAACCGGAGGUGGGCCUCAGGCUGAAGAUUUACUUCUAGAAGUGCAUCUGCGGGACCCAGUGCUGCAAGUGGAAGUUGGGAAGUUUGUCUCAGGCUCUGAGAUGCUCCAUUUGGCUGUGCUGCACUCCCGGAAGCUCUGUGUCUACUCCGUCUCAGGGACAUUGGGUAAUGUGGAGCAUGGAAACCAAUAUCAGAUAAAGUUGAUGUAUGAGCACCAUCUUCAGAGGACAGCCUGCAACAUGACCUAUGGACCCUUUGGUGCUGUCAAAGGUCGGGAUUUAAUUUGUAUCCAGUCUAUGGAUGGCAUGCUGAUGGUGUUUGAGCAGGAAAGCUAUGCCUUUGGGAGGUUUCUCCCUGGUUCUCUUCUGCCUGGCCCUCUUGCUUACAGUCCCCGCACGGAUUCCUUCAUAACUGUCUCUUCUUGCAGACAAGUGGAAAGUUACAAGUACCAAGUCCUUGCCUUUGCCACGGAUGCGGACAAGAAGCAGGAAAUGGAACAGCAAAAACUUGGUUCUGGAAAACGACUAGUUGUGGACUGGACUCUGAAUAUUGGCGAGCAGGCCCUGGAUAUUUGUAUCAUUCCUUUAAACCAGUCAGCAUCUUCUGUCUUUGUUCUUGGUGAGAGAAACUUCUUUUGCCUAAAGGACAACGGGCAGAUUCGGUUCAUGAAGAAGCUCGACUGCAGCCCCAGUUGUUUUCUCCCGUACUGCUCAGUCUCGGAAGGUACGAUAAACACUUUGGUUGGAAACCAUAACCACAUGCUGCACGUUUACCAGGACGUGACACUGAAGUGGGCCACGCAGCUUCCCCACGUCCCCGUAGCGGUCAGAGUGGGCUGUCUGCAUGAUUUAAAGGGAGUGAUAGUGACUCUCAGUGAUGACGGUCACCUGCAGUGUUCAUAUCUGGGGACGGACCCUUCUCUGUUCCAAGCUCCAAAAGUUGAAUCAAGAGAGCUCAACUAUGACGAACUUGAUGUAGAAUUGAAAGAACUUCAGAAAAUCAUCAAAGAUGUAAAAUCGCAAGGUGUUUGGCCCUUGACAGAACAGGAGGAUGACCUGAAAGUCUCCGCUGCAGUGUCUUCUGCCCUGGAUUCUGUGUCUCAAGCCACCAACGUUGAAACUGGAGCCGACUCUGUUCCAUCCAUCACAGUGAAGAUUACCCUGCAGAAUCAAGUGGUGCUGCAGAAGGUCAAGCUGUCAGUGUACGUGCAGCCGCCAUUACAAUUGACUUGCGAUCAGUUUACCUUUGACUUUGUGGCACCAGACAUGACCAGCAUCGUAACAUUCUCUGUGUACCUGAAGAAAACUUAUACACCGUCCGAAUUAGAAGGAAAUGCUGUUGUUUCAUACUCCAGAGCAACAGAUCGAAAUCCUGAUGGUAUUCCUCGGGUUAUCCAAUGUAAAUUUAGACUUCCUCUGAACCUAAUUUGCCUCCCCGGUCAACCUUCAAAAACUGCAAGCCACAAACUGACCAUUGACACCAAUAAAUCUCCCGUCAGUCUGCUGGGCCUCUUCCCAGACUUUGCCAACCCGUCAGAUGAUGAUCAAAUGAACGUAAUGGGCUUCCGUCUCCUAGGAGGCUCUCGAGUGACUCUUCUUGCUUCCAGAACUUCCCAACGAUACCGCAUUCAGAGCGAACGGUUUGAAGAUCUCUGGCUCAUAACAAAUGAACUCAUCCUCCGCCUUCAGGAUCAUUUUGAAAAACAGGGAACCAAAGACUUUGCAUGUUCUUUUUCUGGAUGUGUGCCCCUUCAAGAAUAUUUUGAGUUGAUUGAUCAUCAUUUUGAGCUACGGAUAAAUGGUGAAAAAUUAGAAGAACUUUUAUCUGAAAGAGCUGUACAGUUUCGGGCCAUCCAGCGUCGGCUUCUCACAAGAUUCAGAGAUAAGACCCCCGCCCCCCUGCAGCACCUGGACACCCUGCUGGACGGGACGUACAAGCAGGUGAUUGCUCUAGCAGAUGCGGUCCAGGAAAACCAAGACAGGCUGUUGCAGUCAUUCGCCGGCCUGAAGAGUGCCACCCAUUUGCUGAUCCUGUUAAUCAGGCUGUGGCAGAGGCUGAGUGCUGACCAGACUGCUAUUCUGGAAGCAGCAUUUCUGCCACUACAGGAAGACACGCAGGAACUGGGCUGGGAAGAGACCGUGGAUGCCGCCGUUGCCCACCUUUUGAAAACCUGCCUGUCGAAGAGUUCCAAGGAGCAGGCUUUGAACCUCAGCAGCCAGCUGAGCGUGCCCAAAGACACCAGCCGGCUGAAGAAGCACAUCACUCUGCUGUGCGACAGACUGGCUAAAGGCGGGCGCCUCUGCGUGAGCACCGAUGCUGCGGCCCCGCAGGCCAUGGUAAUGCCAGGUGGCUGUACUCCAAUCCCAGAGUCAGACCUAGAGGAAAGAUCGCUAGAUGACGCCACAGAGCUGUUUACCAACCACAAGCACCUCAUCGCCGAGCCCCCCGUGCCUGAAGUCUCAGCCCUCCAAGGAGUUCUGGAGUAGUGCUAAGCAGUCGGGAGGAAGAGGCCCUUUCUGAGGCUGACCCUGUGUGGACACUGUGCUCCCAUCCCGGGACUGUGCCAAGCUCACCCCUGGAGGCGACUUCGUGAAGAUGGGGUCAGGGCUGUUGGUUGCUUGGAGGACUUGGGAUGUCACAGACAGGUCAGCUGAAAGAUGAGAUUUGUCUUUUCUUCCCAGGAAAACGACUGCUGCCUUUAGUCACAUGCGCUUAUAGUCAGGAUUUAGCAAGGUGACAAAGUUUGGAGACAGACUUUAUAAUACAGGGAUCCCAAUGUAAAAUAAUUUCAUAGCCCAUUUUUUCACAGGAUUCUUACGUAGUAACUGUAUCAAGUUUAAUAAAGCAUCUUAUUGUCAAACAA